AUGUGCGAACAGCAGUACUUCGAUUUCCUCCCCUGCAACCACACAUACUGGGGUAAAGUUAAGACUUGUCCUAAGCACGAGAAGCAGUGCAAGCGCGUGCCGUUUCUCCAGAAAAUCAUUGGCUUGAGACCAAAUCAUUGCAGGCCUAACAUAAUUAGGACGACAGACCCAAAUCUGUGUCCAGAAUGCCAGGAGAAAAUGCUGAGGCAGCAGUUCGCAAAAGGGGUACACCAAGAUAAGGAGAGCAGGCAUCGUACCCGGAAAGCAAACAUCACAUACGACCUCAACUCGGCUCGGGGCACAACAGGCUUCGAACGCGAUCCGGAAGAGCGCCGUCCACGAAACCCCUACGAAGAGGAGGCACGGGUUAACAACGGCAGGUCUAGGGAGCAGAAGGUGGUGCCUCCAAGGGCUGCGACAAGCCAAGGUCGAGAAGGAGCAAAAUCCCACCGGCACGGCGGUGGACAACGUCGCUCGGUUAAACCAGCAACGAUUCCACUCCACGCCAUUGCCGAAGAGCAGCCGUACUGGAUAGACGGCAGCCAAAGCGCCCACUGGCCGCCGCCGCCUUCCAGCCCGCCCACCAGGCCUCUGCCUCCAGUGCCUCCCAAGACUCCGGGGAGGACGGCGGCGAACUCAACCACCUACAACCCACCACCUCCGGCCCCUGACCUCGCCAGGCCCUUGCCGCCUCUCCCCCUGAACAUCAAGAGAAAUCCCGUGCCGAAGGAGUCACCACCCAGCCAAGCCGGACGGGCAGACCCUUACCGCACCACCGGUAAGCCCCCCACUCACUCGUCCAGCCGCAGCACGCGGUCGGGCAACAGCAGCAGCAGCAGCAGCAGACAAGGCAAUGACCGAGCUAGCAGAACCCGUGCGCCCGAACCCGGCAGCCAGACCAAGGUAACACAGGAGCCUCGCGGUAAACGGUCGGAUAACAACAGGAGCGGCCACGCCCACGUCCAGAGUCGCGAGGGUCGCUCUGUGGAGCCCCACAGGUCGAGAAUGAGCGGCGGCGGCCCGACGCGACCACCAGCGGUGCAUGGCGCGCCGGGGAGUGUUCGCUUCACCGAGGGUCUAGACUGGGAUGGGGGCGUCCGACCCGGACGCCCGGCGCCAGCGCCGCCGAUGGCAUAUGCGGCUGCGCCAUCCGGAGCCAGACGGCUGCCGGCAACGAGGUUCGAUGACCAGCGUCUCAGGGGCCGGGGGCCAUACGGCGGAAAUAUGUAUGGUGCGAGUGAGAGAGGUAAGGAGAAGGAUAGGAAGGACAAAAGGAGCAGCCAUGGGAAGGAGAGCGGCAAGAAGCCGGGCAAGAGCUGGCUCAGGCAUUUCAUGCCCGGGAGUCCCGUUGAAACAGACGUCUCUUUUGCCUGUCAGAGCGCACGGCAGAUCGAAAGUAGGAGGUAA